AUGGAAGACUUGUUCGAUAGACUGGGUGGUGCAACGGUGUUCACCAAGAUAGACCUGAAGACAGGUUAUUGGCAAGUUCGGAUUGCAGAGGGUGAUGAACACAAGAUGACCAAUAUGACAAGAUAUGGGUCCCAAACACUGGAAGAACACCUGGAGCACUUGCAAAAGGUCCUAGCCCGAUUGGGGGAGCGCGAACUAUAUGUGAAGCUAUCCAAGUGCUCCUUUGCUCAAAAGCAUAUUGACUUCCUAGGACAUGUAAUCGAGGAAGGGCGAAUCAAGAUGGACCAACAAAAGAUUCAGGCAAUCACAGAUUGGCUGCCGCUUAAGGAUAUCCAUGCCUUAAGGGCGUUCCUUGGCCUAUGCAACUUCUAUUGGCAAUUUGUGAAAAAGUACUCCCUCAUUGCGGUACCGUUGAUAGAACUCCUCAAGAAGGUCAUGCCUUGGGACUGGGGACCCAGGCGAGCGGAGGACUUCGAUGCAUUGAAAGUGGCAAUGUCCAGUAGACCCGUCUUGGCCCUCCCUGAUUUGGCCAAGCCAUUCGAGAUACAAACAGAUGCAUCCGACUAUGCCCUCGGCAGAGUCUUGCUAUAA